GGUCUUAUCCAACUCUCCGCGCUCGCAUCCUUCAAAGUGCCCAGCGAGGACUUUGAUGCGCCGGUCAAGCAUGGCGCGCACGGACCAAAGGAGCAGAUUUCGUGCCUGGCUUUUACUGACAUGUGUGAUAAUCUGCAGUCAUGUGCUAGGUCCAGUCUGUGGAUAUCUCUACAAUAACCGCUACGCAGGGGAUCAGGUCUUCAGGAUACACCCCAACACUGAGGAAGAGGUUGGAAGAGUCAAGAGUAUCCUGGGACACUUGAAGGUAGAUCUCUGGCAGCCCAACAGCCUUUCUUUGAUCGCCCGCAAUGCUACAGUGGAUGUGCAUGUGAAAAGCAACGAUACACUCAGACUUCAUACACGUUUAAAGCAGGAGCAUAUCAGUUAUCAUGUGUUUAUCACAAACUUGCAAAAGGAAAUAGAAAAGCAGACUGGGUACCGCUCGUCCCGUAGGCGGAGGUCAGCUUCUCAAUAUGACUAUGAGGUUUACCACUCACUGGAAGAGAUCCAAAGCUGGAUGUUUGAGAUGAACCGAACUAAUCCCGACCUGGUCGACAUGUUUUCUGUGGGGAAGUCAUAUGAAGGAAGGCCUCUUUAUGUCCUUCAGCUAGGAAAGAGAAGUCGGCCUCAGAAGAAGGCCGUGUGGAUUGACUGUGGUGUCCAUGCCCGAGAAUGGAUCGGACCUGCUUUCUGUCAGUGGUUUGUGAAGGAGGCCCUGUCCUCAUAUAAACAUGACUCUGUGAUGAGAAGGCUCCUCAACCAGCUCAACUUCUACAUUAUGCCAGUUUUCAAUGUGGAUGGAUAUCACUUCAGCUGGACAACAGAUCGAUUCUGGAGAAAAACACGCUCCAAGAAUCGCAAGUUUCACUGCAGGGGAGUGGAUGCAAACAGGAACUGGAAAGUAAAAUGGUGUGAGGAAGGCGCCUCCUCCCAUCCCUGCGAUGAUACUUACUGUGGCCCUUAUCCCGAGUCUGAACCUGAAGUAAAAGCUGUUGCCAAGUUUCUGCGCAAACACAAGAAACGUGUGAAAGCCUAUAUUUCCAUCCACGCCUACGCCCAAAUGCUGCUGUACCCCUAUUCAUACAAGUACGCCACCAUCCCAAACUUCAACUGUGUGGAGUCAGCAGCUCAGACUGCAGUGUCAGCUCUGUACUCUGCAUAUGGAGUAAAAUACAGAUAUGGACCAGCAUCCACCACUCUGUAUGUUACCUCAGGCAGCUCCAUAGACUGGGCCUACAGGAACGGGAUCCCUUACACAUUUGCAUUUGAACUCAGAGACACGGGCUACUUCGGGUUUCUUCUGCCUGAAUCUCUCAUCAGCCCGACCUGCACUGAGACCAUGAGAGCGGUGAAGACUAUCGCUACCGGACUGCUCAAGAAGUGUGAGACCGAUAGUAACACAUUUCCAUAUAUAUGAAGACCACAUCACACCACAUCUGUUCAUCUUCUCUUCUUAUCAGGAAAACAGAGGAAGUAUGACAAGCUAGUAGGUUUUUUUCUUAUUUUUAUUUUGAUUUUAUUAUCUGAUAAGACUGGAAGUCAAUAAUGCUAAAACAACCAAGCGUUCACAAACACCUCACGUGCAGUGUCAAAGGUCAUCGUCUAAACAUAAGACCUUCACAGCCUUGUAAUAAAGAUCAAAGCAGUAAUAAUAUUUUUAUUUGUAUUGUAUUAUCUGAUAGGACUGGAGGUCAAUAAUGCUUAAACCACCAGGACUUCUCAAACAUCUCACGUGCAGGGUCAAAGGUCACUGCCUAAACAUUAGAGGGUCAUGACAUCCUCAGCACAUGCAUAUUCAGCGUACCAAGUUUAAAAUGACCUUCGUAGCAUUGUAAUAAUCACAGCAGCAAUAAGGCGAGUACCAGCAAUAAGUGCAUGGUGGUUAUAUGAGCACUUGUCAUAGCACUUUUACAGCCAGGAACUAUUUUACUGAUGCAUAAUAUUUUGGGAUG